AUGCCGAUCGUCGCCUUCUCUGUCUGUUCGUCGGAGGACUACAACGUGCUGGCCACCGGGGGAGGCUUGCAUGACGGAUCCAUCAGGACAUGGAACACGCAGAAUGGAGCUUGCAUCAACAACAUCGAUACCAGGGCGCAGGUUUGCGGGCUGCUCUGGAACAUACAUCAUAAAGAGAUACUAAGUGGCCAUGGCUACGGCGCGGAGCAUAAGAAUCAAUUGUGCCUGUGGAAGUACCCUUCUAUGUCCGCAAUAGGCGAAUCGGUCACUCAUAUUUCAAGAAUCCUCCAUCUAACACAGAGCCCUGAUGGCCUAACUGCAGUCUCGGCCGGAGAAGAUGAGACAAUACGUUUCUGGGAAGUGUUUGGUCCAGCAUCCCAAGCUGAUUCCAAGACUUCAUAUUUGGAAGGACUCUUGUCUCUCAAAACAACACCACUUAGAUGA